AACAAUCAUAAUACAGUAUUUCAAUUUUUGCAAUUCAUGCAAUGCUGUUUGCAAGAAGAGGACCCCACCGGGCAACGGCGCCAGGGCAGAGCCUGAUCUGCUACUGAAGCGGAGAGCUUGGCUUUUCCCCCGGCAGAGGGAUAGCAGGACCGCACACCUGAGCACAGGUGCGUCAGCUGCCUCCAUCUGCCUCAAAUUGCAAUGGGCCGGAAAAAGAUCCAGAUUAGUCGGAUUUUGGACCAAAGGAAUCGGCAGGUCACAUUCACCAAGAGGAAGUUUGGGCUCAUGAAGAAGGCGUACGAGCUCAGCGUCCUGUGCGACUGCGAGAUCGCCCUCAUCAUCUUCAACAGCGCCAACCGGCUGUUCAGUACGCCAGCACAGACAUGGGACAAAGUGCUUCUCAAAUACACAGAGUAUAGCGAGCCCCACGAAAGCCGGACCACUGCGGACAUCCUGGAGAGUGCAGACUCUCUUGGCUUCCAGAGCUGGCUGGUUGCAGUCUGCACCUUCCCCCUCCAUCCUGGAAGGGGGGUCGAUGAGGACUCCCCCUCUGGGAGCGAAGGUGGGGCAGGCGGCCCCCGGGAGUCCCCUCUCCAGCAGAGCCACCUGCCAGCCCUCCCUAAGCACGCCACCCCUCCAGUGCGGUCUCCAACGCCCCUGGGAACAGGGAUGGGCUACCCUCUCUUCUCCCACGGCAACCUGGGCCGGGCAUUGUCGAGCAAGCCCCCUGCUCCUCUUUACCUGGGGACUGACCCCCGCCGAGGGGAAGGACCCCUGUCUGCCGGCAGGAGCCACGUGGUGUCGGCCCGUUCCUUGUACCCUGGACUUCAGAGCACGAGUCCCACCUUGUCUGCAGGAAGCAGCUGUCUCCCAGGGCACGGGCUGCCAGGCUACUACUCCCUCUCCUCUAGAGACCCAGAGUUUGCCCCUGGCGACGGACCUUCUUCGCACGCCUUCGGCCUGCAGGCAAGCGCAGUGUCCACUUGGCCACACCGAGAGAUGUCCGCCGCCUCCCACCCAGCGCUGGGAGCAAUGGGCCGAAUUGGCGACCAGCCCGCACUAGUCUCUGGCUCGCCUCCCCUGCGCACGCCCAUCAGUGUCAAGUCCGAACGGGCUUCCCCGACAGCCCCGUGUGCCUCGACUGCCCCCCAGGCCUCUCAGAGCGCCCGCCCUUCGCUUGCUGAUGUCCCCGUGGACCUACACUCCCGAGACGACUACAUCAAGGCUUACCAUUACUCUCUCCUCCUCUCCCGCCCUCUGGCAGACGAGCAGAGGCACCCCAGCGUCCCCACACGUCGCCCACAACCUACUAUGGAUGAGUGGCAGAGAUAGUGGCAUGCUCAACGUGUUCACAUGUACGGGUGGAGCGAGGGAGGGAGCAUCUGCCUGGAUGUGGUUGUGUGAAUGUGUGAGAGCAGACUUUCUGUGGCCUUGAGCGUUCACAGGGAGUUUUCUGCAAGGAUUUGGGGGAGCAGGCUAGCUUCUCACACGCACAAAAUGAAAACAGUUCCAGUGGGUUGUUUAGCCAAUGGAGACCCAUUGGCAUUAAUACAAAUACAGUAAUUCAUGUCAUUUAAUUGCAAGGGGUUUCAGCCAAUAAUCGUCCUCCUCAGAACAGAUCCUUUGAAACGAAUCCAUACGGCUCGCUUUGUUCUAUUAAUUGCAGGGGUCGACUCUGAGUAGGAAGUCAUUGGAUGAAACCCAGUGGAUUU